CUCAGCACAUCCGCCUGACCUGUUACUGUUUACAAAUCAGCAGAUUGUCCUAAACGACAGAAUGAAGCUACCUGCAUGAACCAGAAAGAARCGUCUCGUUCUUCUGAGCUGUGACCGAGGAGAAUCCCGAAGCUGUGAAAGUCCAACUGGGCCGCGGUCAUGCAGCACCCCAACUUUGAGACCCGACACCCACUCCAGACGGACGAGCAGCAGGAGACGGGUUUUGAUCCGGUUCACAAUUUCAACAAGAAUCGCAGCAGAGGAUCUCUUGACAGCAGCUCUAACUCUCAGUCCACUUUCCACUCAUACAGGAAAGAAUGGGACGACUUGUUCCUCAACAGUAAUUACCUGGCCAGGAUCCGGCAGGCUGGCAUCAGCGGUCGGCUGAGGAGUAGCCGCUUUCGGAGCAUGUGUUGGAAGUUAUACCUGGAGGUUCUUCCUGAAGAUAAGAGGCAGUGGAUCAGCAGGACCAAAGAGCUCCGGGCCCAAUAUGAGAAGAUCAAAGAGACGCACAUCACUAACCCACGUAAAGCUGCAGGUCAGCAGGACCUGGUGGUCAACAACCCGUUGUCCCAGGAUGAAGGGAGCUUGUGGAACAAGUUCUUUCAGGACAAAGAGCUGAAGGGGAUGAUCAAGCAGGAYGUGUUUAGAACAUUCCCUGAGAUCCGGUACUUUCAGGACGAGGAUGUGAGGACCAAGUUGACGGACAUUCUCUUCUGUUACGCCAGAGAAAAUGAGCAGUUACUGUAUAAACAGGGGAUGCACGAGUUGCUGGCUCCCAUAGUGUUUGUGCUGCACUGUGACCACCAGGCCUUCCAGCAUGCCAGUGAGACCGCCAGCCCCGGUGAGGAGAUGAAAUGUUUGCUGAACCCUGCGUAUCUGGAGCACGACGCUUACGCCAUGUUCUCGCAGCUGAUGGAGACGGCGGAACCCUGGUUCUCCAGCUUCGAGAGGGAAGUGAGGAAGGGUAAGGAAGAGAUGCUGACCAGCAUCCCGUUCGCUCGGCCCCAAGACGCUGGGCCAUCUGUUGCCAUCGUGACCAAAGUCAACCGCAUCCAGGACCAGCUGGUGAAGAAGCACGACGUUGAACUGCACAUGCACCUAAACCGGCUGGAGAUCGCCCCCCAAAUCUAUGGCAUCCGGUGGGUUCGUCUGCUGUUUGGUCGUGAGUUUCCUCUGCAGGACCUUCUGGUGGUGUGGGAUGCUCUGUUUGCUGACAGCAUCACUCUGGACCUYGUGGACUACGUCUUCGUUGCCAUGCUGCUCUACAUCCGAGAUGCUUUAAUUGCUAGUAACUUCCAGACCUGCCUGGGCCUGCUGAUGCACUAUCCUCCAAUAGGAGACAUCAACGCUUUGCUGCAAAAAGCUCUGUUCCUUCGAGAUCCCAAAAACAAUCCUCGUCCUGUAAACUACCAGUUCCAGCAGAACCUGGACUACUACAAAACAAGAGGAGCUGACCUGAUGAACAAAACUCGGUCUGGUUCCGGGACCAAAGCUGCUCCUCUCAACAUGAACAAGGUCUCCAGCAGCCUGCUGAACUUCGGCAGGAAGCUCAUGGGUCCAGCCGUGUCCGGUGUACCCCCCAUAAACACUGAGGUGCACGCAGCCGCCUCCUUGUCUUCCUCUUCGUCCCUGGCCUCGGCGCCCGCACCCGUCCUGCAGCACCCGCUCGCCGCGCCGCCUCCGAGCCACGCCCACACUCAGAAUCGUCUGCUUAAAUCUGAAAGUAUGCCGGUCCAUCUCAGCAAAGAUGGAGUUUCAGAGGGAGUGUCUCUCCAAGCAGAGGCUCACACUGAGGCACAAGGUCAAAGUUCUCAGAUGGUCAGCUCCUCCCCGAGCACAGAGAGCCUGUCCGGUGGGCGGGGUCAGUCCACUGCCUCCCCACCCCAACCCCUCUCCAGAGGAAGUGAUGUCAGCACUUCAUCCCCUCCCCUUUCUGCCACCAAGAAAGAAUCCUUCUUCAGCAUCACUCGCUCUCGUUCUCACAGUAAAACCAUGAGCAGAGGGAGGGAGACGGAGGAGGACCUGGAGGCGCAGGUGUCGUUCCUGCAGGGGCAGAUUAAUGACCUGGAGGCCAUGAGCAAGUACUGUGCCAAAAUGAUGAAUACACACAUCUGUAAAAUCCAGGAAGUGAUUCUCCAAGAAAACCUGAAUAAGGAGGAUGAAGUUCUGGUGUCACUGGCUGGACUUAAACAGAUCAAAGACAUCCUAAAGGGGGCGCUGCGCUUCAAUCAGAGUCAGCUGGAGUCGGAGGAGAACGAAGAGAUCACCAUCGCCGACGAUCACUACACUUCAACGGCGGCUGCGGCGGCGGCGGCUCUGAAGACCGUCAAUCAUCACAGCGAGACCCCGGCAGGGGGAGGCGGGAGGUGGGGCCGAGACGCCCAUCUGGAUGGGAGCGAGAGCACCGACGAGAAAGAGGAGGAGGAGGUGGCGAUAACACCACCUGAGCAACAGGCAGCGUCGUCUCUGGGCUCAGACGGUAGGAACUGGGAUGACUACAUCCUCGUGUCCCAGGAUGGGGACCUGCUGGCUGAGGGCAGGGACGGCGGAGGGGGCAGGGCCGCACCCGAGCACACGCUCGCUGCGAGGAGAGGGCGCGGCGUGGUGCGGAUGGAGCCCGAGGGCGCCCCGAUGACUUUCCACGACCCGCUGACGGCCGGCGCCGCCUCGGGCUCCUCCAGCCCAGAGGAGGGCUCCACCCACAGCAAGGACUCCGACUUCACCAUUGUCAACCCCAACGACCUGUGAAUGAGUUCAUCGCCCCCUGUUCUCCACCUCUGCUUCAUAUUUUCAGAGGGGGAGCGGGGUCUAAUAAAUAAAAACACUCUUGGGGGUGUCAGCUGCUUUUGAUGGCCUGCCACCAAAAACUGCUGUUAAAAUUGCACAUGUGAACUGUGAUGUUUAGUCACAAAAACCUCAUACUCUGUCUCUUUAAUCGUCAUCUGUUCCACGUCUGUCCUGAUGCUCGAAGCUGUCUCACCUCGCAUGUCUCMUCAUCACGUUGGGCCUUUUGUUUUUCUUGGGAAAUCAUCUUCCUCACCUGKUCCUCUUUGUUGUAGUUCCCCUCUCUGCAGACAGAGGGUGCUGUUGAGCUGCGUCACAACRUCUGAAGGAUUGGACCUCAAACUGCAGUUCUCCACCACAGGAAGAUGCACUCCUCUUAGUGUUCUGAUUGAAGGUCUAUGUUUUUUUUCCUGAAAGUGGAGAUCUAGCCAUACAUAAUGUCCACAUGUCCAUCUGCCUGUCUGUCUCUGAAACGGUAAGGAAACAAGGAAGAUGUCCCCCAGUCGCUUUUGAGGGAAGCCUUCUCCAAAACCAGUGCCUCUGACCAUUCUUCUCUCAGCCAAACCAAACCUAACUCUGUGAUCUUAGUUCUGUUUUUUUUUUUUUUACUAUUAUUAUUGGGACAGUAUUUUAACACUUUAGCCUCUUAAUUUCCAACAAAGUGAUUCAGUUAAGAAAYGUCUCUUUUUCUGUUCUUUGUUUUUAGACCCUAAUCCAUUGUGAAUGUUUCAGUGUGAUUGAGUUUUCACAUUAGCAGUGGGCUGUUUUCUGUGCUCUGUGGAAACUUUGUGAGGCAGCCGCUCAGUUAGCGAAAAUUAACCCGAGAUCAAUAAAACUUCAUUGCUCUGGCUACAUGCUGA